GCAGACGAGAGCCCGUCCUAGCAUGUGUGCUUGAAGACUGGCAGGAAAGUGGAACAUUUUCCAAUCGGUUAUUCUCAAAGUGCAAAAAAGUCUAAACAUCAGAAAAUCAUGUUAAAGCCAGCUGCGUGCACGGUUUCCCAAAUAAUUCUAAGAAUUUUGUUGCAAAGCUUGCUGUCUUUCGGUGUACCACAUCAAGCGCCUGUCGGGAUGUUCAGAACAGAGUGUCUGGAUCGGCAUUUCUGCCUGGUGGUCAAGUCCGGCUUCCUGGGAAGCAUGUUCCGAUUUGACAUCGAAGGGGCCAGCGGCGUCCAUCCCGUAUCGGGCCGCAGGGCUGCCCAGUGUGGCUACACCGUGCUGCUGAACCCCGGGGGAGACCUGGUGCUGCGCGCCUCCUACCUGGCCUGCGACGUUGACAGUCAGGACGUCACAGGGCCGCAGCUGCUGGUGUGGUUCAUGAACACCGAGCCGGACGGAAGCGAGAGCGCGUACCCCUUCCUGUUAACCUGCCCCCUGCCACACUGGAGUCCCCGUGAGAUCGUCUGUGAAGAAAACUACAUGGAGGUGUCUGCCAGGAAGCCCACCCCCCCUCUUGAGCAGAGGGGUCUAGAGUGGAUGACCCCGCCCCCCUUGGGUUCAGAAGAGGGGGGGACGAAGGAGUGGCGGGUUGUGUUCAGUGUCCCCGCGGAGAAUCCAUCCGCAUUGUCCGCCAUGAGGGAGGAGACGCUCUCCCUGAAGGAGGCGCAGCUCAUGGGUUACCAUGUCAACGCCACAGGCACGCGCAUCAUCCUGCGCUGCGCCUACUCCGCUCCCCACGCCUACGUCAUGCAGGAGAAAGGCGUCAUUCUGGAGGUGAUCAGUGCCACAGUGUUCUACAGGCACCAGUGGACUCUGGUCAUGGUGGACACCUCGCUGGCGUGUGGCAUGCACAAAGGUGAGCUUGACGGCUCCUACAUCCUGUGGCGCUUCCCCCAGCUCCUGCCCCCCCUGGUGCAGGUCCCAUUUGAGGACAAGGGGGCGGCGGUGGGCGUGGCCGGGAGUUUCCUGAGCGACUGUGAACUCCAGCAGAGGGGUUACCGCCUCAGUGUUGGGGACGGGGUUGUGGUGAUCGGGAUUCCUUUCGGCGCCGACGGGGGUUCCCUGAAGAGUCACGUAAUGCAUGGCCAGUACUCCCAGUCAUACUCCAUAGACCUGUUCUACAUGCACCAGUGGAGGGAUGCCCAAUGGGACCUGACCCAGCACCGCUCCUUCCGGCCCCUGUGGACACCGGCCGUCCCUCGGACCCCCAGCAUUAUGAACCUCACUGUCCCUGCGGAGGGGGUGUUCUCAGUCAGCCUGGGGGCAUUCCCCCCUGAUGUGUCCCUCACCCACCUGACUGUUGGGGGCCACGUCGUUCCCAUUCUGGAUGCGGAGGAGUUCGGCCUUCUCAUAUCCCACGUCCCUUUGCCCAACGGCAGUCACUCCUACCUGCUGCAGGUGCCAUUUUCUCACCACCUUGUCCUGCAGAAGUACUUGGGAAACAGGUACAGGAGGUACACGCUCCAGGUGAACUUCACCCUGCUCCUGAUUCCCCACGGGGAGACCUUCUCCCAUCCCGCCUCCGUGGUCUGUGAGCUGCAGGACGUUGUCUUCCCCAAGAUUAAAGCCCAGUGCACUGAUGCCAGCAUAAGGCUGCAGCUGCAUUAUGGGAACUUGGAGACCCAGUGGUGGCUGUACAUCGGAAGCCAUAGGUUGGAGCCCGAGCUGGUGGAUAAGGGGGGGUACUGGCUGGAGAGUGGGCCAGGGUACCUUGGUGUGGAGGUGCCGCUUUUUGGGCCGGGCAUGGCCUAUGAGGACCUCAGCCUCCGGGGGCUGGUGGCCAGCCUGGUGGUAAGCGUGAUGGAUGUGGACACCGGCAUCGCGGAACAUUCCUACAUCCAGCGCUGUACCUUCCCCCUCAGGGAGCUCAUGGUGUGCCUCCCAGAUGGGCGGAUGGUGGUUCUGGUGGAUACAGCAGGUACCUUCCCUCCGGUGGACCCCCGGCACACCAGCCUGCUGGACCCGUCCUGCAAGCCGCAGGACAGCGACCACUCGCGGGCCCUCUUCAGCUUCAGGCUGAACUCCUGUGGCACCACAGUGAGCAUUGAGGGAAAUAACCUGGUGUUCAUGAACGAAGUCCGGUUUUCCCCAAAAGGCCAACCUGCACCCAACCAAUUCACUCACCUGUCGUACCGCUACAGACAACCAAUUGGAUGCCACUACCCCAUAAAUGGUACCCGGGAAAUGUUGAUCUACAAAUCCCGUGCGGGCGCCCAGAUCUCGCCCCUGACACGGCCCCGCAGGUCCUUGAAGGGCCAAUCCCGGUGGCUGUCUUUCAUCCGAGGCAACGUCUCCUGCACCCCUUGGUGUGGGCUUUGGAGGUGACACUGGUGGCCCUGGGGUUUGAGGGGUGGGGGGAAUUGGGGGCAGGUCCCCUGCCUGAGGGUGACCUAUUGGCUGUGUUCUGCCAGCUUAUAUGAUCAUGUAUGUAAACAUCUCUAAUAAAGUGUGGGUGUAUAUAUUCCUGUAUUUACGGCA